AUGUAUUCCGAUUUCAAGGGAAAGGCGAUCGAGUACGUGAAAGAGGCUGUGAAGGAGGAUGAGGCCGGCAACUUCGAGAAGGCGGUGACCCUAUACCUGACUGCCCUGGAGUACUUCAGGACGCACCUCAAGUAUGAGAAGAACGAGCGCGCCAGGGUGGCCAUCACCGCAAAGUUCGAGGAGUACCUGCAGCGGGCGGAGUACCUGAAGGCGCAGCUGAACGGGCAGGUCGCGGAAUCGACGUCGGGGCCGUCGGCGUCGCCCGGGGCAACGUCGCAAAAGCCCAAGCCCAAGAACAACAAGGAUGACGAGGAAAAGGAAAAAAUGGCAGGCUCCUUAUCUGAGGCAAUCAUGGCUGAGAAACCAAACGUCAAGUGGGACGAUGUGGCAGGGCUGGAAGGCGCGAAGGAUGCGCUGAAAGAGGCUGUGAUCCUGCCUGUCAAGUUUCCACAGUUCUUCACUGGCAAGAGGAAACCCUGGAGUGGUCUGCUGCUGUAUGGCCCACCUGGGACUGGAAAAUCGUACCUUGCCAAGGCUGUGGCUACUGAAGCCGAUUCAACAUUCUUCACCGUUUCAUCUUCUGAUCUGGUCAGCAAGUGGAUGGGUGAGAGCGAAAAGCUGGUCGUGCAACUGUUCAAGAUGGCAAAGGAGAAGGCCCCUUCCAUUGUUUUCAUUGACGAGAUCGACUCCCUGGGAGCUGCCAGAGGUGACAGUGAGAGUGAGGCAGCCCGCCGGAUCAAGACACAGCUGCUGAUCGAGAUCACAGCGGCGAAGGAAGGCAAAGAUAGAGUGCUGGUGCUGGGAGCCACAAACUUGCCAUACAUGCUGGACAAUGCUCUUAGGAGACGUUUCGACAAGCGAAUCUACAUCGCGCUUCCUGAGCAGCACGCCCGAGCGCACAUGUUCAAGGUGCACCUUGGCGACACUCCGCACAAUGUCACGGAGAAAGAAUUCCAAAUACUGGCAAGCAGGACGGAGGGCUUCUCUGGCUCGGACAUCGCCGUCGUGGUCAAGGACGUGCUCAUGCAGCCAAUCCGGCUGCUGAAGGAGUGCACACAUUUUAAGCAGGUGAAGGACCCGGACGGGCAGAUCAGCUACUCGCCUUGUUCGCCAAGCGACCCCAAUGCAGAAGAGAAGAACCUAUCAUGGUUCGUUGAGAAUGACAUGUCCGAUCGUGUGAUGCCACCGAUGAUCACUUUUCGGGAUUUUGAGAAGGUUCUGCUGAAGGCCAGGCCGACGGUGAGCCCGAAGGACCUAGAAGUCUUUGAACAGUUCACGCGGGAGUUUGGAGAAGACGCCUGA